AUAGGAUUCACAGUCAAUAUUGGGCAUGCUUCUAUCUUUAUAGCUGAGCUUUGGGGAAUGAGAGCAGGACUACGUUUAUGCCGUGAGCUGGGGUUCACUAGAGUGAUUGCUGAGAUGGAUUCUCUUAUGGCUGUUCGGUUUGUCAAUGAGAGAAGAGAGCCAGAUAAUCUAGCUGCUGCACUCCUGUCAGAUAUUAGGGACUUGAUGGCACAGUUUGAAUCUUGCAUGUUGCAACACGUCUUACGGGAAGGGAAUGCUGCAGCUGAUUUUCUUGCUUCCCUUGGACACACAUCACCCCCAGGCUUAAGUAUCUUAGACUCACCACCGACUGGUCUUCGACCUAUCCUUUUGGGGGAUCAGAUGGGGGCUAGUUCCCUCAGACUCUAGUUUUGCUGUUUCUUAGCUUUCUCACUGAUGUACCGAAAAAAAAACUCAUAAAUUCCUUAAUAAAUUAAAAAAUAUAAU